AUGCUACGACGCACGGCUCCUCUAUUUUCACGACUGGGAGUAUAUGUGCGACGUUUUGUGUAUUCGUCUCCUCAAAUAACGAAAACUGUAGGUCCAAUAUUGGAGCCUCUUCCAGUAAGUGAGAAGAAGUAUGAGGCCAAGUAUGAACGAUUGCAAACUGUAUUUACUUUGCUUAAAAGUAAAAAGACUCUUUCACUGAGUGUGGCACGUAUAAAUCAAAUCUACUUGAAGUCUGGUCGGACCUUCGUGGAAGAUUUGUUGGAGAUCCCAGGAACAAACAUCUAUCCAUUCUUGUUUCAUUACUAUAAGCAUUCGUCAUCCAUACGGACUUUAUUGCUUGAUGGACUUGUCAAGUUGAUAAUAGAGGGUAAAAUUGAUUCUGCAGUAGAACUUAUCGACCACAUGAGAGUAGGUAAAAUCAUCCCAGUCCAAGCCAGUGUGAUUUUGUUCAAUAUCCAUCUUAACAAGAGCUCUCAAGAUACCAGUAAGAGAAGACAAGAAUUAGGCAAACUUUUGAUAUGGCAGACGGUUCUGACUGGAGAUGUUCUUGCAGCAGCGUCGUAUUUAAUUCAGUUUGCCGAAGCCGAAAUAAGUGUAGAUCCAGAAGUUGUGAAGAUAGUUUUGAGAUCUAUAGCCGUGCAUCAUGAUUCAAACUAUUUGUAUUGUUGUCAUGCUAUCCACAGAUUACUUGAUGUUUAUGGGGCAACCGUAUUAUCCUCUGCAGAUUCAUUACUGGCACUAGAGAUGCUUCAGCAAAAGCCACAGGCUCUUUUCUAUGCAAAUUGGUUUUUCCAGAGAAUACCGAAGCUAGAAGAACUCUUUCAGUCCAACCCUCACAAGUUUCUCAAAUUAUUAAACGGUUUGAUUCAAUUCAAUAUUGAAAAUGGUCUUUACGAAGUGGCAUUGAACAUGUGGAUUUCUACCAAAAGAUUCCAGAGCAAGUACUUGGUUCCAGACCAAAUCGAAUCAUUAGCCAAGCUCUUGAAAGAUCUGCCAAAUUUGAAGUCUUUAGACAGCUUAGUAGAACAGAUUCCCAAAUAUGCCACUGAAAGUCAAGUCAUCGUCGAUGUCUUAUUGGAAAAGUAUGGAACUUCUAAAGAAUCGAUUUCCAAAUUUGAAACUCUUCUCAAAACAGUCAGAGCUCCAUUAAGGAGACUGACCUUAACAGCAUUGUUCAAAGCAUAUGUUUUCCAAGAAAAUGAGCCAGUUGCAGAAAAAAUUCUUCUGAAUCUUCUCAAGUCGAAAGAUGGGGCUACGGCUACCGAAAUAAAUGCUGUCUUUGCAAAGUUAUUGAGACAAGGCAAAUUACAGGAAAGUAUCGAUAUGAUCUUAUCCACAGAUAUCCACAUAGCCAAGAUUGCCUACGUGACUAUAUUUAAAGAAGUGGUCAAGAAAAGGUCUAAAACGGAACAAGAAGAGAAUUUUUUGAAGACAAUGUGCAAGAGACUCAUGUUAGUUCCCAGAGAUGAUGAGGUAUUUGAGUUGCUCACUGUGGAGAUUGUACGAUACUAUUCAACUCAUAUCAGCAACCGGGCAGCGAAAAAGAUAUUCAUAAACAUCGACAAGUUCACAGCAAAGUCACUGAUUGCCGUAGACAAACAGAACAUCAAGUUUAAUUUCGUAAAAGUAGGAAUACCGAACAGGUUCAGAGAGUUGUUGGUUCUUUUACCUCUGAGCAAACUUCAGUGUCUUGAUGUGAUUACGAAAAGAGCACUUCAGGAAGAAGAUGCAAGCACCAUAGUUUGGGCUGUAGAUGAGUACCGCUACCAGAACCUAGAGAUCAAAGAUGUCCUUCAACAUAUACAGAAGAUGGACGAGAACAAGUUUCUCAACAGCAUAAUACGAGACGAUAUCAUGUAA